AUGGAUUAUCCACCUCAAAUGCCGCAUCAAGCACCCUUCUCAUCGAAACCUAUACCGCAUCAUUUACAACAUCCACUUCUUUCGAAUCAAUUACAGCCAAUCAAUUCUGAUAGUCAUACAUCAAUGUGGCUCGAUGAUCCAUAUUCUGGUUCUACUGCAUGUCCAUCGCAACGAGACUCAGGAUUCAAUUCUCGACCAGCUUCAUUACGCAGCGUUGAAUCAACAAGUACCGGCCCUACAUAUCAUGGAUCAACAUCCGGAUAUGAACAUAGUUCUUCUCGCUAUUCAAAUGAUCUUGAAAAUAAUCAUUCACAAUAUACAGAACUAGAGCCAACACAACCUCCAGUAAAGCCGGCUCCAGCUCAUGUUAUACCUGAAUUAAUGAAUUUAUUAAUGGAAGAAGAUUCGGUCAUUGUUCGUGAAGCUGUAUUACUUACACAUAUGCUAAUUAAGGAAGGUGGUGAAACUCGAUUGGAAGUGAUCCAAAAUCGAGAGUUAAUUAAUGCAUUAUUGGACACUUUUACUAAAGACAUUGGUGAUGGUAAAAUAGUUUUUGCAUUAGCUAAUUUAUUUCAUUCGAUAUCACAACAACAAGAAGGUCUACGUGCCAUUCUUGAUUGUGGCGGAAUCUCACGAUUAAUUCCAAUUCUCGAUUCACCUGACAAUACAGUUAAUUAUGUAAUAACAGCAUUACAUAAUUUUUUAACUGUUCUUCAAGAACAAGCUGCUCAUGAAAUUGAGCGAUGUGAUGGGAUUCAAAAAUUUAUUAAUCUCUUAGAAAGAUCAAAUGAUAAAUUAUUAACAUUAGUUUCGGAUAGUUUACUUAAAAUGUCAAAUUAUAAUGUAAAAGCAAAAAUGUACAUACAAAAUAAUGAAAAAUGUAUUCAACUUCUUUUAUACAUAUUCGAUGCAAGCAAAUACGAUAAAUUAUUAUUGACAAUCUCAAAAUUACUGCCAAUAAUAUCAUCUGGAAAUGAAUUAAUUAAACGUAUUAUUUUACAACUGAAUGGUUUGAAUAUUUUUGAAAAACAUUUACGAACAACGAAAAGUAUUCGAAUUAGACACAAUUGUCUUAUAACAAUAAGAAAUAUAUCAAAUCAAGCAACGCGAAUGCGUGAUAUUGAUUCAUUAAUCCAACAAUUAGCUGGAAUAUUGUUAACUGAUGAUCAUCAAUCAGUUAUUUGCUCAUUGGGCAUAUUGAAUAAUUUAACAGCAGAUAAUCGAACUAAUAAAAGUUUAUUUGUUAAAUUAAAUGGUGUACAAACACUUAUGCAAAAACUACUAAUGAAUGCUGAUGGUAAUGAUGAGCUCACUGAAGUAGUUCUAUGUACACUUCGGCAUCUAACAGCUCGUCAUGAUCUCGAAAAUGAAGCACGUGAAACAAUAAGAAGAUCGUAUGGUAUUGGCAAUAUUAUAAAAUUAUUACGAGAUAAAAAUUUUAAAGAACAUGGCGGUAUUCUGAAAGCAACAGUUGGUUUGAUCAAAAAUUUAGCAUUAUCAACAACAUUGAUACCAUAUUUAUCUGAACAGAAUGCUGUUAGAAGAUUAAUUGAAUUAUUAUUUAUAAUUGAUCGUGAACGAUCGAAAGUAACAGAAGAUAUUAAAUUAGAUUUGUUAUUGGAUAUUAUUAUUGGAGCAUUGAUUAAUUUAGCAAAAGAUUUAUCAUGUAGAACGAUUAUUAAAGAAAUGAAUUGCACAUCGAUUUUUAUUCGUUUUUCUCGUUUACCGUCUUGUUCGUUGCAGCAGGCAUCAAAUAUUUUACUUAACGAAUUAAAUGUCGACUAA